UGCUACUGAUUUCCCUUCUGUUUUACAGCUGCAGAAUGCCUCAAGCCCUGGGCAAUAGCAGUUCACAGGAACAGGCUGCUGUGUAUUAUGCAUCAGAAUCAAUUGUCUCCAUUGCUGUCUUCACCAUCGUUUUCAUCAUAGGUAUCCCAGGCAAUGGGUUGGUGAUCUGGGUAGCUGGUCUGAAAAUGAAGAGGUCUGUGAACACUGUCUGGUUCCUAAACCUUGCUGUGGCUGACAUCAUGUGCUGCUUGUCCUUGCCAUUUUUCAUUGUUCACCUGGCCCUUCAUGAACACUGGCCCUAUGGCUGGUUCCUCUGCAAAGUCAUUCCAUCAGUCAUAAUCUUCACCAUGUUUGCUAGUGUCUUCCUACUCGUGGCCAUCAGCAUUGAUCGGUGCCUCCUGGUGAUGAAACCUGUCUGGUGUCAGAACCACCGAACAGUGAAAUUUAUAUCGCUCAUAUGCAGUGGCAUUUGGAUGCUGGCCUUCAUUUUCUGCUGCCCUGUCUUCUACUACCGUGAGACAAGCACUUACGAAGGCAAAACAGAGUGUGGGUACAAUUCUGGAGUUGAUGAUUACAUAGAUGAUCCUGUAAAUGUAUCUGUAAAUGUGUCUGUAAAUGAGUUAUGGGAUUACUCAACCUACAAUGGUAGUGACUUGUGGGGAGACAUCAAUGAAGGUAAUGAUUCUGUACCCCUUGCCUCAGCAGUAAUAAACAUCACUAGGGCUGUCUUUGGCUUUUUGCUGCCCUUUGGCAUAAUGGCACUUUGCUACGCCCUCAUUGUUUUCAGAACACAUGCAAACCAGUUUCACAAGUCACGCAACAGGACACUGCGAACAAUUGUGUGUGUGGUAGUGGCAUUCUUCAUCUGCUGGGCUCCAUACCAUGUAGUUGGGAUGCUCUCCGUUGUACCUAGCCUUCGAACAAGGCUGAUGGAGUCACUGAUCCUGUGGGACCACCUCUCUACAGCACUUGCAUAUGCCAACAGCUGCAUCAACCCCCUGCUUUAUGUUUUUGUGGGACGGGACUUCAGGGCAAAGGUGCGGCAAUCGGUGCAAAGAAUCUUGGAAAGUGCCUUUAGUGAGGAACUCACAUCUUCAACCCUUCACAGAAGCCAGACUUCAGCAGACAAGAACCUGAGCAGCACCUUGUAAUGCAGGACUUCCUAUCACCACUGUAGGAGGAACUAGCUAUAGCGCUGCACAUCAAUCACUCUCCGCUUAGCAGGUGGUUUUACUCCAAUAUGUUUGAUUAAUCUGCGGCUCCAACCCAGGACACUGCAAGCAUUUAGCUCAUGACAGAUAUAUCCUACACUAUGGGAAGUUGAAAGCACCAAGAGCAAUAAUCUGAGAGAUGACUGGUGAAGCAGAAGACACAGUAUUUUAACCUACACAGACUAUUUUAAGAAAGCAGGGCUGGCUACAUAUUUGUGGUGGGAAUAAUGUAG